AUGAAGUCGCCCUAUCCGACCGACUGGAACAGUACCCCGACGCACUCUACACAGCAGCCAGAUGACUUUGUUGUCAAAAUCAAGUCGCUAAAGCCCACCUACGCGAGCAAGAUCAGCCGGUAUAAUCGUCGACUUCCUAAUAGAGGCGACGAGAAGGCGAAGUUGGGUUCAUACCUUCCUCUUGUCGAGCGUCUGACUAUGGAUUAUGACGACGAUGAAGCCGACUACCUACCUGCUAGUCGCGCAGGUUGGAAGCGAGUAGUGCACCCCGAAGGAGCUCUGUACUGGUUCCGUCAGCAGCAGGCAUGCAUUACUUUGCUCAUGUGCAAGCGUCGUGUCUAA